CAAGAAUCCCAAAAAAUUUUCGUGGGAUAAUGAGUAUCUCCAUGUAUAGAAAAAUUCUCGUACACAUAUCAAUACCAACAUUUCUCUCUGUACUAAGGCAGCGUGAUAUUCAGAAAUUCUCAUUUUCAAGUUUCCAUACUUGAAUCAAGACUCUAAAAUGAUCCUAUACUUCCUAUUACCAUCUUUAUCUGCUAUUUUCCUUUUCCUGAUUCUAAACCAGAAAGGAUUGGUGAAGAAAUCCUUUCUUCCGCCAGGUCCUCCACGUCUGCCAUUCAUUGGAAAUCUGCUCCAAUUUGAUACCGCCUCUCCUCAUCUAUAUCUAUGGAAACUUGCAAAGAAAUAUGGUCCUCUUAUGUCCAUGAAGCUUGGUUCCAGGCCAGUACUAGUGGUUUCUUCAGCAAAAAUGGCCAAAGAAGUACUUAAAACCCAUUAUCUCACUUUCUGUAGCAGGCCUAAAUUUCUUAACCUUCAAAAAUUAUCCUACAAUGGUUCGGAUGUAGCUUUCGCGCCUUACGGAGAAUCUUGGAGGGAAAUUAGGAAAAUCUGUGUUCUUCAUCUCUUAAGUAAUAAACACGUGCAAUCCUUUACACCGGUUCGAGAAGAUGAAGUAUUCUCUAUGAUCAGAAGGAUAUCGGAUUUGGUGCGUUCAAAUCAUGAUCGACUUACUAACUUAAGUGAAAUAGUAUUGUCUUUCACAAGCAGUUUAAUCUGUAGAAUUGCUUUUGGAAAGAAGUUUGAUGAUCGGGAAGGAUCAGUAGUUAAGAAGUUUGAUGAACUUAUGUACGAAGCUCAGGCUAUGCAGGGUGGCUUAUUUGUUUCUGAUUACUUGCCUUCAUUCAGUUGGGUGGAUAAACUCUCUGGUAUGGCAACUCGACUCGAGAAGACAUUCCAAAACAUGGAUUCAUUCUAUCAAGAACUCAUCGACGAGCACCUGAAGCCUAACAGGUCGAAAUCGAUGAAUAAGGAUAUUCUUGAUCUCUUGAUCCAGCUAAAAGAAGAACAAUCAUGUUCACUGGAGCUCACCCUGGAUCAUAUAAAAGCAGUACUCAUGAAUAUAUUUGUUGGUGGAACGGACACGAGUGCAGCAACGAUAAUUUGGGCAAUGACAGGCCUGAUAAAGACUCCAAACGCGAUGAAGAAAGUACAGGAAGAAAUCAGAGAUCAGGUUGGAAAUAAAGGUCGAGUGGACGAAGAUGAUUUGGGGAAACUUCCCUAUCUAAAGGCAGUAAUAAAGGAGACUUUGAGAAUGUACCCUCCAACUCCACUUCUGUUACCAAGAGAAACAAUGAAAAGCUGCGUUAUAGAGGGAUAUGAAAUCCAACCCAAAACCAUAGUUUACGUCAAUGCAUGGGCCAUUGCAAGAGAUGCUGAGUAUUGGGAAAAUCCAAUGGAAUUCUGGCCGGAAAGAUUCUUAAAUAGUUCUGUUGACAUCAAAGGUCAGGAUUUCGAGUUUAUCCCAUUUGGAUCCGGUAGGAGAAACUGCCCCGGGAUGUCUCUAGGACUUGCAACGGUGGAGCUUGCACUUGCCAAUCUUCUCUACUCUUUCGACUGGGAAUUGGCUCGUGGGAUGAAGGCCGAAGAUAUUGACACAGACGUUUUACCAGGAAUUACAAUGCAUAAGAAAAAUGCACUUUGUCUUGUGCCUAGAAACUACUUGUGCACAUAGUGCUCGGUCAGGAAAGAUUUCAGCUUUCAACUAUGUAAAAUAUAGUGAAUUGGUGUGUACCCUUUGAGGUUUGUUGAUUGUUGGCAUUGUUUCAUUGUGAAAUAAUGUUUCUUAGCAUUUGUACUCUUCUCCUUGUAUGCUAGACUGAUUAAAUUCAAAAUAAGUACUUAAUCUACAGUUUCCCUUGUCAGAGAAGAUCAA